CAAUAAUUAGCUGAAUCAGGUAUUGACAUGUCCUUAAUAACUUCCUGGUUGGUCGACAUUGAAGAAACCCUGAAAGAGAACUAAUCUUUUGUCAUUACAAAAUCAACAGGCCAUGUCAUCCAGUAAACCUAUUCCAUGUGGACCUUGUAUAGAAGGAAAAGUAAACACUUAAGCUGACAUCUGGUGUUACAACUGUGAUGAAGGAUUAUGCUCAACAUGUUCUGGUUAUCACACAAGAUCCAAAGGAGCACGUGAUCAUAAGACUAUUGACAUUAAAAGUUCUAACCCAUCUGUCCAAACUAUUAAAACAGAAUGUGAAAAACAUGAUCAACAGCUCACCUUGUACUGUCCAAGUCAUUUGAUGCCUUGCUGUGAUGAAUGUAUAUCCAAUACUCAUUUGAAAUGUACCGGAAUAAAAAGUCUAGCUAGCAUUGUGGAGAAAACCAAGAUUGAAAAAUCUAAAGAAUCGGUAGAGAAAGAAAUUAACUCCAUCUUACAACUCUUAGGUAAAAUUGUAAAUAACAAAUCACAAAACAUUAAAAGAGGAGAACAAGAAUUUGAUAGAAUCAAAGAAUUCAUUGUAAAAAUACGCAAGGAAAUAGAUGAACAUUUAACCCACCUAGAAAAGAAGAUAUACCAAGAAGCAGAUACCAUCUUGAAUCAGGAAAAAUCAAAAGCCACAGAUUUAAUCGCUGAAAUUGAAGAAAAACAGAAAAACUUAAAGAAAAUCCAAGACCAAUUACAUACAGUCAUGCCACAUGCCUCAAAACUCCAAUCAUUUCUAGGAGUACAUAUGAUUGAACAACAAGUACAUCAAUGUCAACGAUACAUAGAUGAUCUUGAAAAUGACGAUAGGGCAAAAGAGUUUAACAUCAAAAGGGAGAAAAAUAAUGAAACAGAAAAGAUAAUAAAAAAGUUAGAAUCCUUAGGUGAAUUAACUGUUGUUAAAACAGAUAAGGAUUUGAACAGAGAAACCAGUGUGAGGAGGAAAGCACAAGUAGAAUCACGAGAAAAAUCCAACAUAAACAACAUGAUCAUGAACAUUGAGAAAAGGAUAAAGAUCAACAUGGAUAACGGGGUGAGUGACAUGAUUUUUCUUAUGGAUGGAAGACUUAUAAUGGUAGAAAGAUUUGGCAAAGUUAGCCUACUUACUCCUGAUGGCAAACUACAGAAACAUUUACCUAUACCUGGUGAAGCCUUCAGUGUUACACAGAUCAAUCAAGAAACUAUAGCCGUAACUUAUCCUUAUGAGACAGCCAUUAAGAUCUUCAAUAUAGAGAAUGAAACAGUAACCAAAGUUAUCACAUUAGAUAAAGAAUGCUGUGGAUUAUCAUCAUCAGAUAAUUCUCUUGUUGUAGGUUUGAGUAAUGAUGAAAUCCGUAUUGUAGACUUAGAAGGAAAUACACUGAAGUCAAUACAAGUUGAGGGUGAAUCAUACCUGGUGAACCUUGUUUACUGUAAUGACAGAGUAAUCUUUAGUGACUGUAAUGGUGAAGUAGUAUACUGUGUUGAUCAAUCAGGUAAACAGAUCUGGCAAUAUACACAGGAUUUAUCAGGACCAAUUGGACUUUGUACAGAUACUUUUGGUAACAUUAUUGUAGCAGACCAGGACUCUCAUAGAAUUAUAGUAAUAUCAAAAGAUGGAAAGGAUAGUAAAGUACUGCUUCGUCGUAAACUGGUGUAUCCUAGAUGUAUUUGUUUGAAACAAAAUGAGUCUUCAGGUUUUAUAUGUGAUAACAGUGACAAACGCUUGACAAAAUUCAAUUUAUCUUCUGAAUGAAAUAUACACUGUGGAGUCCAAAUAUCGCCUGACUUUGAUACAUGUACUAAAACUAACAACUCUUUAUUGAUAUAUAUUUUAAAAAAUUGAGUCUUCAGGUUUUAUUUGUGAUUGCAUAGGCACAUACCUGACAAAAUUCAAAAUAGAUGAAAUAUACA